AUGGGGAAAUGGAAAGCCGGCCCCGGCCUUUUUCUUCACGCCUUUACCACAGUGGAAGAUCCAGCCUCAAACUAUGUGACUGCGCGACGCUUAAGGACCGAUAUUGAUAGCCAGGCUGCACAAAUGCAGAUUAGAACAUGGUUCAUAGAUUGCAAAGAGCAUCAGUGCUGCUGCGCUUUGUCGCAAGACUACAUGCUGCCCACAAGGGUCAUUGAAGUCAGUCCACGCGGGAGCCAGCAUGCGCGAGUCCUGGAGACUAGGAACAUGCGUGGUGUUUAUGCUACACUAUCCUACUGUUGGAGGAACAACAAGUUCCCCACCCUCAGGAAUUCCAACACGGCUCGAUUCACUCUUGGGUUGAAUAUGAACGCUCUGCCUCCCACCUUCCGCGAUGCUAUUGCUACUUGUCGCACGUUGCCCAUCCCAUUCUUGUAG